AUGGCUUCCUCGCCCCUCUCGGUCGUUCCAUUGCCUCCACCGGGGCACGGCGGAAGCAGUAAUAUGUUCCAUUUUGCUCCCUCCGCGGUCCAGGUCAUCUUGGCCCGGGUGUUUCUGUCCUGGUUCGUCUUUGUAUGGGCUGUCUGCAUGGUAGGCCAUGUGCGAAUGAAACGAAUGUACUCACGACCUCCGCCUUCGGUACCCGUAACUCACGGCGUCUCUGAAGCACUUCCAUAUGUCUCAAUUCUUCGUCCGGUCAAGGGUCUUGACCCCUUCCUGCAGUUAUGCCUGGAAUCUACUACUUUGCUGCGGUAUCCUAAGUCGAAGUAUGAGUUGAUUCUUUGCGUGGCCUCUCCUCAUGAUCCGGCGGUACCGAUUAUUCGGCAAGUCAUUGCUAGUCAUCCCGAGGCAAAUGCAAGGAUCUUGAUAGGCGAAGAAGACGUUGGACCUAACCCAAAGAUACGGAACCUCAGCAAAGGGUACAGGGAGGCCAAAGGCGAUAUUGUGUGGAUCUUGGAUAGCAACAUUUGGGUUCCAUCGGGAAUCCUGGAUCGAAGUGUUCGCCUGCUCGAGGGGCUUGAUCAGGAUGGCAAGGGCUACAAAUUGGUUCACCACUUGCCUCUCUGUGUCGAUGUUUCUAACAACUACCGUCAACCGCCAUCUAUACCGUCAUCACCCGUAAUCUCCGCUGGCAACAGCUUAACGCCACUGUUGCCGCAACCUAUUGCGCCUUCCCCGCCAAAGCCGUUCUGGUCACGGUGGUGGGCUAUGGGUGGGGGGAGACUGGAGGAAAGCUUCCUUGCUAGCUCUCACUGUAAAUUUUACACCGCAAUCAACACUCUUGGAGUAGCGCCUUGUGUCGUCGGCAAGUCAAACCUAUUCAGGCGCUCACAUCUCGCCCAGGUUACCAGGGACCCUCACGGCCGACCGGAAAAAGACGGAGUUCUUGCAUUCGCGGAACACAUCUGUGAAGACCACCUUCUCGCGGAAAGACUCUGGCUGAAGCCCGUAGAUGACGAGAAGAGCAAAGUCCGGGUUUGGGGGAGACACGGGACGGGUGAGGACAUAGUGCUCCAACCAGUCAGCCGUAUGCCUGUUGUCGAAUACUUGGCAAGACGAACCCGCUGGUUGCGGGUCCGCAAGUACACUGUCCUUGCAGCAACUCUUCUCGAGCCAGGUACAGAAUCCCUGCUGUGCUCCUUUCUGGGGGCUUACGCCAUGACAACAUUGCCAUUCUUCCGCAGUUGCAUUCCGCCAACCUGGCCCGCUCUAUUUAUGUGCUGGGGCAUUGCUACUAUCCUCUGGGCCGCUACAGAUUACUCUUUAUUCAUGUUCCUGCAUGCAUACAAGGUCAUUCACCCCGAUGAGCAUACCCCCGAAUUCGUAACCGAAAUGCCGAAACGCACCUUCUUGGAGUGGGUUGUGCAAUGGAUCGGGCGAGAAGCGCUAGCCUUUGGAAUAUGGGCCUGGGCCCUGUGGCCUGGCGAAGUCAACUGGCGCGGGGGAAGAUACAAGGUCCGGUGGAAGGACUGUAGAGUUGAGGAGAUUGGACGGAGCAUUGAGAAAAAAGAUUGAUUGGAACCGGUUUAGAGAAUCUUCUUGGUUAAUGGCGAUUGGAGUAUGGCGAUUGUUUUUUUCUCCUGGCUCUUGGUUGAUUGUUAGCGGUUUAUUGUUUUUUCUUUUUUUCUUUUUCAACACACAAGUUAAUAUCGUGAGUGCGUGGUGAAAUUAUAGUGUAUUUUAAUGGUGAGGUUAGGUUUAAUGAUUGAACUUGUUGGUUAGUUUGAUGUUUGGAUUGUUCUACUACAAGCCUAUUUUACGGAUUCAUGAUGUUCGGACAAAAAUGUUAUAGGCAGUUGAUUUCUUGUAAA